AUGGAAUCGUUGGAGAAGGAAAAGACGGAGGCAAGUACACGUGUGGAGUUCUUGCAAGAUGAGAACAGAGACUUGAAGGUCUUGUUAAGGGCUGCUUUGUCUGAGAAACAAGCUGUAGAGAAGCAGUUGAAAGAGAUGAAUGAGCAGAAGAGAUCAUCGUUGCUGCAAAUCGCAGGACGAGGAUUACAAAGCAUAGGGUUUGGUUUUGGGUUUAGGGAGACAGUACAGGAAAGCUCAGAAACAGGAAAUCUCAUCAAGGAUGAGCAAGAAGAAGAGGAAGAUGAUGAGGAUAGUAUGGUGGUAGCAAUAGAGAAAACAAUGAAGAAUCUACGGAAAGAGAUCUCUCAGCUCAAGCUCUCAUUGCAGGAAUCAAGGUUAGAAGAAGCACGGUUGAAGAAAAUUACAGAGGAACAAGCUCAGACAAUUGAAGAGAACAAGAUGAAUAUCGACAAGCUGCAAAACCGAGAGAGACUUCUAUCUCAAAACGUGGAAGAGCUAUUAAAGGCAAUAAGAGAAGCUGAAUCAGAAGCAAGUAGAUGGAGAGAAGCUUGUGAGCUUGAAGUUGAAGCAGGACAGCGCGAAGUCGAAGAAUGCAAUGAACUCAUAGAGGUUUUGAAGGCUGAGGUUGAGAAGUUGAGAUCAGCAUUAUUAAUAUCAGAAGGGAAACUAAAACUGAAAGAAGAAUUGGCUAAAGCCGCAAUGACAGCAGAAGAAGCAGCUGAGAGAUCGCUGCGAUUGUCUGAGAGAAGAAUAGCUGAACUUCUCAACCGCAUUGAACAUCAAUACCGCCAACUGGAAGAAGCAGAAUCUUCAGAACGCAGACGCAGGAAGGUUAGGUAUGCUUGUUGUUGGCCGUUGUGGCGUUUCCCUGCCGCUGCUGCUUCUGCUGUGACUGGUACUGACAGUUCUUCAUGUAUAAGCAAUAGAGCAUUGUUACGAUAUGGUGCUUGAUCUAGUAGUGUUUGCACAAGAGAUGUGUAUAGUAAAUAUAGUAUGGCCAUAGAGUUGGUAUUUAUAUUGUAUAAGAAAGACACAUUAUGUUGAAUCCAUAACUAUCUUUUAGCUUGUGCAGAUAAAACUGUCAAAUCC